AUGCAGGCGAUGAAGUGGAUAAUGGUCUACCAAGAUCAUCUUACAAAGUUCUGUGUAUUGAGACCUCUCACAUCAAAACGUGCUGCAGAAGUUGCGUAUCAGCUGUUGGAUAUUUUUCUUUUACUUGGUGCACCGGAAAUUCUACAAAGUGACAAUGGAUUGGAGUUUACUGCUUGUGUUAUUACAGAACUUAAACUGCUUUGGCCUGGUCUCGUAAUGGUUCAUGGAAAACCUAGACAUCCUCAGAGCCAGGGGUCAGUUGAACGAGCAAACUGUGAUAUUAAAGAUAUGUUGGUAGCCUGGUUGAGUGAUAAUAAUACAACAGACUGGACAGUUGGUUUAAAAUUUGUGCAGUUUCAAAAAAACUCGAGCUACCAUUCUGGCAUUAGAAAGUCACCAUUUGCUGCAUUGUUUGGAUCCGAUGCAAAAGUAGGACUGACAACUUCAGCUCUUCCACAUGAUGUAAUUCACCGUCUCCAAAGUGAGGACGAUUUGCUGGCAGUAAUUACGGAAGAAACAACUUCAGAUGAACCACCUGCUGUCGAACCAGUUACUGCUAAACCACCUGCUGUUGAACCAGUUAUUGCUGAACCACCUGCUGUCGAACCAGUUACUGCUGAACCACCUGCUGUCGAACCACCUGCUGUCGAACAAGUUACUGCUGAACCACCUGCUGUCGAACAAGUCACUGCACUGGGAGUAUUGUGCACGACUGUGAUUAGAGGUUAG